AUGGUUCUACGUUUUCAUUUGGUCGUCUUCUUCUUGCUCGCUAACCAUUCUACUUCUGAAGAGUGCCCACGUGUCUUUGAAUGUGGGGAUCUGGGCAACCUCUCGUUCCCUUUAACUACUCAACGACGCAAAAACUGUGGAAUGUUGCCGAUUCAUGGCUGUGAAGACCCCAACGCUCAAAAAAUAGUGUAUUUUGGAAAGAAGGAGUUUCAAGUGACACAAAUGGGGCCUUUCAAGAAUAUUAUCGUUAGAGACGCAAGAUUGCAGCAGAGUUUGGUAAAUGAUAGAUGUGAUGCCUUGUGCUGCAAUAUUACUCUUCCUCCCAGCUCACCCUUGGGUUCUUUUGAUAUCUUUCCAUACGCAAAAACCUUUUACAAAUGUAAUAUUAGUCUCAGAGUUAGCCCUCCAAAGCAGGUGUUGAACUAUACAGGAUGUCGUAAGAGUAAUAACGAGACCAUCUUCUUCCGAACGCAAGAUCAAGUUGAUCCUCCAUCUUCUAUAGCAACAUGUCCAAGGGUUCUGCUUCCAGUAAAUAUGCUAGCUUUCUCUCCUGAUCCUUUUACAUUCAUAGCUUCUGAAUUCCCCGUUAACAUUCGACUUUCCGAUGACUGUGAUCGAUGUUCUAAGCACAACAAAGGCAUAUGCCUUCUUGACGGUAAAGGAGCAUUUUAUUGCUCCAAAUUCAAAGAGGAUCAAAAUAAAAUACGGGCUUGGAAGCUGGGAUUGAUAAUCGGCUUUGGAGUGGGGCUAGGAAUUCUGAUAUUAGCGUCGCUGCUCUGCUUCGGACACUACAAAAAGAAGCAGAAUGCUGUGUCCCACGUCAGACUCCGGUCAACAAAUCAGUACCCAAAUGAUGCAGACCCAGACAGUGGCAGACUCUUCUUUGGAGUGCCAAUCUUCUCCUACAUGGAGCUUCAAGGCGCAACGAACAACUUCAACCCCUCCAACAAACUUGGAGACGGAGGCUUCAGCUCUGUUUACCAUGGUAAGCUUCCAGAUGGGCGUGAAGUUGCAGUGAAACACCUAUUCAGCCACAACUACAAGCGAGUAGAACAGUUCAUGACUGAAGUUGGGAUCCUCACUCACCUGCGUCACAGAAACCUUGUCUUUCUCUAUGGCUGCACUUCACGCCAGAGCCGUGAGCUCCUCCUUGUCUAUGAAUACAUCUCAAACGGAACCCUUGCUAGUCACCUUCAUGGCAGCUCUGCAAAUCCUACAUUGUUGACAUGGCCUAUUCGAACCAAAAUCGCUAUAGAAACUGCUAGUGCUUUGUCUUAUCUUCAUGCCUCUGGCAUUAUCCACCGUGACGUCAAAACCAACAAUAUUCUCCUUGACAAGAACUUUUGUGUUAAGGUUGCUGAUUUUGGACUUUCUAGGUUAUUCCCAGAUGAUGUUUCACAUGUUUCUACGGCUCCACAAGGAACACCAGGCUAUCUUGACCCAGAAUAUCAUUAUUGCUUUAGGUUGACUGAUAAAAGUGAUGUGUAUAGUUUUGGAGUUGUGCUUAUGGAGCUAAUAUCUUCAAUGCCAGCGGUUGAUAUGGGAAGGAAGAAAGAUGAGAUUACAUUGGCAGGUCUUGCAGUUAGGAAGAUUCAAAGGAAUGAAUUUGAUGAUCUGGUGGAUCCAUGUUUGGGGCUUGAGAAGGAUAGUGAGGUGAAGAAGAAGGUAGUUGCAGUGGGAGAAUUGGCAUUUCAGUGUUUGCAGAUAGAUAAGGAAAUGAGGCCUUCCAUUGAUGAGGUUUUAGAGGUUUUGAGGAAAAUCGAAGGUGGGAAAGAAGAAGAAGAGGAUACAGGAAAAGACGGAGAUGGUGAUGAAGUUUCAAAGAAUAAAGCAGAUAUACAAACACGAGCGAUGACUUCAAUAAGCUUUGAUCAAGACAAUAUGAUCCAGAAAUGAGGAAAUAGAAAAGUUGAUCAUGCAAAAUUGUUUAGCGUUUAAUCUCUAAGAAGUUAUGGGCACGUGAUUGUUUCUUUUUUAAUAUAACUAUGUGGGGUUAAUUUUUUACUAAUUGAAUGAAUUUUUGUUGGCAGUUGCUGAGUACUCAUUAUAUAUUAUAUGUGAAGACGUUGCAAUGAGUUCACCCCUCC